AUGUCAUCCGGUCAGGAACCUGUUUUUCCCCAGUAUGAGGCUGAAACCAGCCAGACAUCUAAACUGUUAAGAAAAUUUAAAGAGACACCAUUUGUGCCCAUUGGCAUGGCCGGCUUUGCCAUGGUGGUGGGUUACGGGCUGUACAGACUGAAGCACAGGGGGGACAUGAAAAUGUCACUGCACCUGAUCCACAUGCGAGUGGCGGCCCAGGGCUUCGUGGUGGGAGCGCUAACGUGUGGUGUGCUGUAUUCCAUGAUGCGGGAGUAUGUGGUGAAACCCAAGGAGUAG